AUGGCUACUCAGAUGAGCAAAAAACGAAAGUUCGUGGCUGACGGAGUUUUUUUCGCUGAGCUGAACGAGCUUCUGACGAGGGAGCUGGCGGAGGACGGAUACUCCGGCGUGGAGGUGAGGGUUACUCCGGUCCGAACGGAGAUUAUAAUUAGGGCAACUCGCACGCAAAAUGUUCUUGGCGAGAAGGGGAGAAGAAUUAGAGAAUUAACCUCUGUUGUUCAGAAGAGAUUCAAGUUUCCUGAAAACAGUGUCGAGCUUUAUGCCGAGAGAGUUAACAACAGGGGCUUAUGCGCAAUUGCUCAGGCCGAGUCCCUGCGCUAUAAGCUUCUUGGAGGGCUUGCUGUCCGGAGAGCUUGCUAUGGGGUGCUGCGAUUUGUCAUGGAGAGUGGUGCCAAAGGCUGUGAGGUAAUUGUUAGCGGAAAGCUUAGAGCUCAACGUGCCAAGGCAAUGAAAUUCAAGGACGGGUACAUGAUUUCUUCUGGUCAACCUGUUAAAGAAUACAUUGACUCUGCAGUGAGGCAUGUUCUUCUAAGGCAGGGUGUUCUUGGCAUCAAAGUGAAGAUAAUGCUCGAUUGGGACCCGAAGGGGAAGCAAGGUCCGGUUACACCUCUGCCUGAUCUCGUCACAAUUCAUCCACCAAAGGAAGAAGAGCAUUACAUUGCUCCUCCGCCACCGGCUGCAACUGAAGUUGAAGUCCCGUUGGCUGUGUAG